GGGCGCGUGUUUCAAAAAUAACUACCCAAAGUAGCCGUCGUUCUCAUUUAUGGCAGAUACGCCGGCUGAUCCCGUUGCUAAUCAGUUACCACCAACUGUUUUACUUGCUGACACAGUAGUUUUCAGCAAAUAUGUGCAUAAAAUUGUAUGCACUCUUCUAGAGGAAUCCAACGAUGGUUCGUUAGUAUUGGAGUCAACUUUAAAUGAUCCGAAUUGUCAAGAGCUAAUCAAAAAGUUCAUAUCUGAUGCUCAGAUUCGUUCAAUUGUUGUUCAGAAACUUUCCACCAAAGAUGACGACGAUGAGUCCACAGACUGCUGUGUUUCUUACACCGUCCUUCCCGAAGUUAAAUUUACAAAUAAUAAAGUUCAAAGCAUCGUUUUCAUUAAACGGGGAGGGGUUUUAGAGGCAGAUAAGAGCUUUAGUUCUCAGUUGAGAUUCUUGAACUUUUCGGACGGUUCUCCAUAUGAAACGUUACAUUCAACUAUCAGCAAUGCAAUAAGUCCCUUUUACAAGUCUUAUAUUCGAGAAUCCGGAAGGGCUGACAGGGAUGGCGAUAAAAUGGCACCAAGUGUGGAAAAAACAAUGACGGAGCUGGAGAUGGGUCUUUUACACCUACAACAGAACAUUGAUAUACCUGAAAUAACUUUAUCAGUUCAUCCGUUAGUCGCGCAGGUGAUCAAGCAGCGUGCAGAAGAAGGAAAACGAGCAAAAACAUCUGACUUUGAGGAUAAGCUUGAUGAUGCUCAGUUCCUGAAUGCUCUUCAGUCUGGUGUAAAUAGGUGGAUUAAAGAAAUUCAAAAGGUCACAAAGUUGGAUCGUGAUCCUUCGUCUGGAACUGCAUUACAGGAAAUUACAUUUUGGCUUAAUUUAGAACGCAGCUUAUUCCGUAUACAGGAGAAAAGAGAGUCCUUGGAGGUCACGUUAACUUUGGAUAUUCUGAAGCAUGCCAAAAGAUUUCAUGCUCUAGUCAGCUUCGAUACGGACACAGGAUUGCAAAGAGCCUUAGGGACGGUGAAUGACUACAAUCCUUUGAUGAAGGAUUUCCCUCUAAAUGAUCUUUUGUCAGCUACUGAGCUAGACAAAAUCCGUUUAGCUGUACAGUCAAUCUUCACUCAUUUACGCAAGAUUCGCAAUACAAAAUACCCUUUACAAAGAGCUCUACGUUUGAUCGAAGCUAUUUCCAGAGAUCUCACUUCACAAUUGUUGAAGGUUUUGGGUACACGCCGUCUCAUGCAUAUGCCUUUUGAAGAGUUUGAAAGAGUAAUGGCUGCUUGUUUUGAAGUCUUUUCAACAUGGGAUGAUGAGUUUGACCGACUUCAAAGUCUAAUGCGAGAUAUCAUCAAGAAAAAGCGGGAUGAGCAGCUACGAAUGAUAUGGCGAAGUAACCCAGCCCACCGUCGAUUACAAUUGCGUCUGGAUCAAAUGAGAAAGUUUCGGCAUCAACAUGAACAGUUAAGGCAGGUGAUAGUCCGCGUCCUACGACCUGCACGUAGUGCUCAAGCAGAUAAAACCAAAGAUACACCAGCUGAAUCGAAUGAUCUAUCAACUAUCAAUGGAGUAGUUGUAGGUGAAAGUGUUGGCAAGAUUCCGCCUAAAGCCGUCGGCAAAGAACAACCACUUCUAGAUGCAUCAGAUGCUAAUGCAAUAGAAGAGGUAAACUUAGCUUAUGAAAUAGUGAAGGAGAUCGAUUGUUUGGACGUUACUAAAGAGGGCAGCGAAGUGUGGGAAGCGGCAGUCAAACGAUACGAUGAACGAAUUGAUCGUGUGGAAACUCGAAUAGCUGCACGGCUUCGAGAUCUUCUAGGGACUGCAAAGAAUGCCAAUGAGAUGUUCCGAUAUUUUUCACGUUUCAAUGCUUUAUUUGUACGUCCACAUAUACGGGGUGCUAUACGCGAGUACCAAACUCAGCUCAUACAACGUGUUAAAGAUGAUAUUGAGGCUUUACAUGCCAAAUUCAGGAUACAGUACACUUCUAGCAAGGCUUAUCAUAUGACAAAACUUCGUGAUCUGCCUCCAGUUGCUGGGUCUAUCAUUUGGGCUCGUCAAAUAGAGCGGCAACUCAAUGCCUAUUUAAGAAGGGUCGAAGAUGUUUUGGGCAAAGGAUGGGAACAUCAUCGUGAGGGACAACUUCUUAAGGCCGAUGGAGACAGUUUUAAAGCUAAACUAAACACCCAUGAACUUUUUGAAGAUUGGUCACGGAAGGUUCAACAGAAACAAAUUUCUGUCUCUGGUCGUAUCUUCAACAUUGAGCCUAUACGGGCCAAAGUUGCUACAAAAGAGGGAGAAACACAAACCAUAACUGUCCUGAAGUUAAAAGUCAAUUUUCAGUUAGAAGUAAUAACACUAGCUAAGGAGGUACGAAAUAUGAAAUGGCUCGGCUUUCGUGUCCCUCUUGGGAUAGUUAAUAGAGCUCACCAGACCAAUCAGCUUUAUCCGUAUGCAAUAUCUCUUAUUGAAAGUGUGCGAACCUAUGAAAGUGCCUGCAGUAAAAUUGAAGAAAAUCAGCGGCAGAAUCUUGGUCUUUUAUGUGCUGGAAUGCGACGUGAAGUUCAGCUCCUUAUAGCUGAGGGUAUAUCAUUAGUGUGGGAAUCGUAUCGUUUGGGUUUAUUUGUUCAACGUUUUGCAGAGACAGUUUUACAGUUUCAGGAGAAAGUCGAUGAUCUACUGGUCACUACUCGAGAAAUAGAUAGGGAAGUCAAAGCACUAGAGACCUGUGUUUUUUCAAAGUCGGUUUUCGAGGAGAUUCUAGCUAAAAUCCAGAAAUCGGUGGACGAAUUAAAUCUGCAUCAAUAUUCAAAUCUUCCUCAAUGGGUUGCUCGUUUAGAUGAAGAAGUUGAGCAUCGUCUAGUUGCACGCCUUGAGGCCGGUAUUUUUGAAUGGACACGUGUAUUAUUGGGUCAGAAAGACCAGUAUGAUGCAAAUGAUUUAGAUGAUACUCAUACAACACCACAGUCAAAAAGUCGUUUAGGUGGUGAACCACAAAUAAAAGCUCUAGUUCAUGAACUUCGAAUCACCAACCAACAGAUUCACUUACAUCCUAGCAUUGAAGUAGCUCAACAUGAACUUAUAGUUAAUCUAAGCUCUUGGGAAAGCAUAGUUUUGAGUCUACCACGAAUUCAGCAUUCACGGUACCAGGUUGGAAUUGAUUCAGAAACCGACACUCAAAAAAACUAUAAAAAACUAAUCUAUAAACUAGAGAAUGGAGGAGAAAUCUUGGCAAAAGCUCAUGAAGCGGUUGUUCAGGUCACCGGUGAUGCAAAAGAAUAUGUCAAGACAUGGACAAGUUAUCAGGCACUUUGGGAUCUACAAAGUGAUCAGGUUUACGGUCGUCUUGGUUCUGAUACUCAGGUCUGGAUGAGCCUUUUGGAUGAAAUCAAAAGUAUGCGUCAACAUUUUGAUGUUGCAGAAACUCAAAAAGAAUUUGGUCCAAUCAUUAUUAUGUUUGGUAAAGUUCAGUCUAAAGUUUCACUGAAAUAUGACAAUUGGCAUAAAGAUAUUUUGAGCAAGUUUGGAAGUCAUUUAGGUUCUGAAAUGCAAGACCUGUUCUCACAAGUGUCCAAGGCUCGUUUCGAUCUAGAACAACAGGCCAUAGAAGCUGGAAGUACAGGUGAAGCGGUCAAUGCUAUUACUUAUACACAGACUGUCAAAAGAAAAAUGAAAGUUUGGGAGAAACAAGUGGAACUUUAUCGUUCUGGUCAAAAUAUUUUAUAUCGCGAUCGUUUUCAGUUUCCUUCAAAUUGGUUGGAUUCGGAGAAUAUUCUAGGUGAAUGGAGUGCAUUCCAAGAGAUUUUACGACGGAAAGAAAAUAGUAUUGGUACUCAAGUGGCUAGUCUUCAAAUGAAAGUUGUAGCUGAGGAUAAGAUUGUUGAGGGUAAAACUUCUGAAUUGUUAUCAUCUUGGGAAAAAGAGAAACCGAUUGCUGGCAAUCUAAAACCAGAAGAGGCUGUCAGUCAACUAACCAUAUUAGAAGGGAAGUUUAAUCGUCUGCGUGAAGAACGUGAUAAUAUUCAACGUGCUAAAGAAGCUUUAGAAUUGACUGAAUCCGGUUUACUGUCACCAACAGAACAGCGUGUACAAGUGGCUUUUGAAGAACUUCAGGAUCUGAAAAAUGUUUGGCUUGAACUAUCUCGUGUUUGGGAACAAAUCGAGUUAAUGAAAGAGACUCCUUGGCAAACUGUCCAACCACGCAAGCUAAGACAACAGUUAGACACACUGGCGGGACAACUGAAGGAACUUCCAGCUAGACUUAGACAAUAUUCAUCCUAUGAACAUGUCAAACGUACUCUUCAAAAUUAUGCCAAAUCCAAUGUUAUGAUAGUGGAAUUGAAGUCGGAAGCGCUAAAAGAUCGUCAUUGGAAGUCUUUGAUGAAAAAGCUUAAUGUCAAUUGGACUAUGUCUGAAUUAACACUUGGCCAUAUGUGGGAAUUAGAUCUUCAACAAAACGAAGCAGUGAUUAAAGAAAUCUUAUUGGUUGCUCAGGGUGAAAAGGCCCUAGAAGAAUUCCUAAAACAAGUCACUGAAGUUUGGAAGAACUACACACUUGAACUUAUUCCUUAUCAAGAUAAAUGUCGACUAAUUCGUGGUUGGGAUGAUUUGUUUAACCGCGUCAAAGAACAUAUAAACAGUUUGAAUGCUAUGAAGUUAUCUCCUUAUUUUAAACAAUUUGAAGAGGAAGCACUGGCAUGGGAAGAUCGUUUAAACAGGAUUAACGCUCUGUUUGAUGUUUGGAUAGAUGUUCAACGUCGUUGGGUAUAUCUUGAUGGUAUUUUCGCCGGUUCUGCCGAUAUAAAAGUUUUGUUGCCACAAGAAUCACAACGAUUUCAGAGUGUGAGCACAGAAUUCCUUGGUUUAAUGAAGAAGGUUUCAAAGUCGUCUUUAGUUAUGGAUGUAUUGAACACUUCGAAUGUUCAGCGUCAACUGGAACGAUUGGCAGAUCUUUUGUCAAAGAUACAACGAUCUCUCGGAGAAUAUCUGGAACGACAAAGAUCCUCUUUUCCACGAUUUUACUUCGUGGGUGAUGAAGAUUUAUUGGAGAUUAUCGGUAACAGUAAAAAUGUGCCACGAUUACAAAAGCAUUUCAAAAAAAUGUUUGCCGGUGUUAAUUCUAUCAAAUUAAAUGAAGACAAUACCGAAAUUCUAGGUUUAUGCUCAAAGGAGGGAGAAGAAGUAACUUUGGUCAAGCCCAUUUCCAUUAAAGACAAUCCAAUAAUUAAUGAUUGGCUCACAAUGCUUGAGCGUGAGAUGCGAUUUUCUUUGGCGACAUAUCUAGGUCAUGCUAUACAGGAAUUACAAACAUCUGGUUUUCUUUAUGGACCCAAUAGUCAUAAAUUGAAGACUGCACAAGAUAUAGAAAAAUCUGGUUUUCUGGCAUGGUUAGACAAAUACCAAGCACAAUUAGUUGUUUUGGCUGCUCAAGUGAUCUGGUCAGAGGCUGUUGAUAACUCUUUAAAUGCUAUGAAAGGUCAGAGUGCUUCAUCUCAAGAUAACCCUCUUCAGAAGUGUUUAAUAUCUGUUGAAGGGAUGUUAACUGUACUUGCCGAUUGUGUUUUGUAUGAGCAACCACCCGUUCGUCGACAAAAGCUGGAACAUCUUAUCAUUGAACAUGUUCAUCAACGAGAUGUUAUUCGUAAUCUGAUAAGAAGCGAUGUUAAUUCACCUCGAUCUUUUGAUUGGCUGAGUCAAAUGCGCUUCUACUUUGAUCCAAAACAAUCUGAUCCUUUACGACAAGUUUCAAUUCAAAUGGCUAAUGCAAAAUUCCAGUACGGUUUCGAAUAUCUGGGUUUGCAUGAUCGUCUUGUCCAAACUCCACUUACUGAUCGUUGUUAUUUAACUAUGACACAAGCUCUUGAAGCUCGACUUGGAGGAUCACCAUUCGGUCCGGCAGGAACAGGAAAAACUGAAUCAGUAAAGGCUUUAGGAACUCAGUUGGGUCGAUUUGUUCUUGUUUUUAAUUGCGAUGAAACAUUUGAUUUUCAUGCUAUGGGUCGAAUUUUUGUUGGAUUAUGUCAAGUUGGAGCUUGGGGAUGUUUUGAUGAAUUCAAUCGUUUAGAAGAGCGUAUGCUUUCAGCUGUUUCACAACAGGUGCAAGGUAUUCAAGAGACUCUUCGAGAUAUGGCAUGCUCACAGAAGAACUCUACCAAAGAAUCAGUUACUGUUGAGCUUCUUGGAAAACAAGUUAGUGUUCAUCCUGACAUGGCUAUAUUUAUCACUAUGAAUCCUGGAUACGCUGGACGUUCUAAUCUACCGGACAAUUUGAAGAAACUCUUCCGUUCACUAGCCAUGACUCAACCGGAUAGACAGUUGAUUGCACAAGUAAUGCUGUACUCCCAGGGCUUCCGAACAGCUGAGAAAUUAGCUAGUAAAAUCGUUCCCUUCUUCCAACUUUGUGAUGAACAGUUAUCUGCACAAUCACAUUAUGAUUUUGGUUUAAGAGCACUGAAAUCAGUACUGGUGUCAGCCGGUCAUGUGAAACGUGAACGUAUUCGACGAUUGAAAGAAGAUGUAUUGACACGUGGAGAAACGGUUAAUGAAACAUCAAUUGCAGAGUCUUUGCCUGAACAAGAAAUACUUAUCCAGUCGGUCAUGGAAACAAUGGUUCCAAAAUUAGUCGCUGAAGAUAUACCUUUACUUUAUAGCCUUCUUAAUGAUGUUUUUCCUGGAGUUCACUACUCCCAAUCCGCUAUGGAGAAAUUACGUCGUGAAUUACGUCGUGUUUGUGAGGAGAUGUAUCUUGUUUAUGAUGAAUCCGGUCUUGAUAGUCAGAACGGUAAUGAUGGUGUUGCACCAUUAGCUGGAGCUAAUUCAGGUGCUAGCCUAUGGGUGCAGAAAGUCCUACAACUUUAUCAGAUCACAUGUAUACAUCAUGGGCUUAUGAUGGUAGGACCAUCAGGCAGUGGGAAAUCUACAGCUUGGCGUGUACUUCUAAAAGCUUUAGAACGUGUAGAAGGUGUGGAAGGAGUUGCUCAUGUCAUUGAUCCGAAAUCAAUCAGCAAAGAAUCCCUUUAUGGUUGUCUCGAUCCCAAUACACGCGAAUGGUCAGAUGGUCUAUUUACUCAUAUUCUAAGAAAAAUUAUUGACAGUAUUCGUGGCGAAUCUUUCAAAAGACAGUGGAUUAUUUUUGACGGUGAUGUUGAUCCAGAAUGGGUUGAAAAUCUCAAUUCAGUUCUAGAUGACAAUAAGCUUUUGACACUACCUAAUGGUGAACGUCUUAGCAUUCCACCGAAUGUUCGUAUAAUGUUUGAAGUGCAAGAUUUACGCUAUGCCACACUGGCUACUGUUUCACGUUGUGGAAUGGUUUGGUUUAGUGAUGAUGUCGUCUCUCCUGAGCUGGUUAUGCAACAUUUCUUGCUUCAGUUACAAAACGUCCGUAUCGAUGAAGGAGAAGAAGAGGCUCUUGGUUUUGGUGCUGCAGCUGUCCCUCCUGUUCCCACUAGCCCUUCAUCUAGCAGACAUCCUAGUCUUAUCGAUGAUACUCCACCAACAAAUGUAGCUGUUAGUGCUUCAAUGCAGCUUCAACGAGAUAUUGCUUCAAUAUUAACUCCAUUCUUUGCUGAAGGUGGUUUGGUUGCGAGAUGUUUAGAAUAUGCUAAGGAUCUUGAGCACAUAAUGGAUUUUAUGCCUCUAAGGUCAUUAACAAGUCUCUUCUCUGUUCUUAAACAAUGUAUUCGAAGCAUUUUAGCCUACAAUAUGGCGCAUCCAGAUUUUCCGAUGUCUUUGGACAAAGUUGAAUCCUAUGUAACAAAAUUCCUCAUUACAGGCAUAAUUUGGUCUCUUUGUGGUGAUGGGAAAUUGCAUGUUCGUGAACAACUUGGCUCAUUCAUUCGUGAAAUUACCACUGUUCCAAUGCCUCCACCCGGUACACCUGUAAUUGAUUAUGAAGUUUCAUUGUCUGGUGAAUGGCAGCCUUGGGCUCAAAAAGUUCCUGUUAUCGAGAUCGAAACACACAAAAUAACCUCGAUGGAUGUUGUAGUACCGACGCUGGAUACUGUUAGGCACGAAGCUUUAUUGUACAUGUGGUUAGCAGAGCAUCGUCCGAUGAUUUUAUGCGGUCCACCAGGAUCUGGAAAAACUAUGACACUUUUCAGUGCAUUACGUAGCCUACCAGAUAUGGAGGUAGUGGGCCUUAAUUUUUCAAGUGCUACUACUCCAGAGUUGAUGUUAAAAACAUUUGAUCAAUAUUGUGAGUAUCGUAAAACACCGAAUGGAUUAGUAUUAGCACCUGUUCAGUUAAAUAAAUGGCUAGUAUUCUUUUGUGAUGAAAUCAACUUGCCUAAUGAAGAUAAAUAUGGCACUCAACGUGUUAUUAGUUUUCUCCGACAAAUGGUUGAACAUGGUGGUUUUUAUCAAACUACAGAUAUGCAGUGGGUAAAGUUUGAACGUAUUCAGUUUGUAGGUGCAUGUAAUCCACCUACUGAUCCCGGUAGAAAACCACUUUCUCAUCGUUUCUUACGUCAUGUUCCUAUUGUAUAUGUUGACUAUCCUGGUGAAACGUCGUUAAAACAAAUAUAUGGGACAUUUAACCGUGCUAUGUUACGCCUUCUUCCUUCUCUUCGUCCACAAGCGGAUGCGCUAACUAAUGCUAUGGUUGAAUUUUUCUUAAUGUCUCAAAAACGCUUCACACAAGAUAUGCAGCCACACUAUGUUUACAGUCCUCGUGAAUUAUCACGGUGGGUUAGAGGUAUACAUGAAGCUUUAAAACCCUUAGACAGUCUCCCAUUAGAAGGUUUGGUACGAAUAUGGGCUCACGAAGCAUUGCGACUGUUUCAAGAUCGUUUGAUUGAAGAAUCUGAACGCCAGUGGACUGAUAUGAACAUCGACGAGGUGGCGAUGAAAUAUUUCCCUUCAAUAGACCGUCAAACAGCCCUUCAAAGACCCAUUCUAUUUAGCAACUGGUUAUCCAAGGAUUAUUCAUCAGUAGAGCAAGGACCUUUGCGUGAUUAUAUAAAAGCACGUUUAAAAGUAUUUUAUGAGGAAGAAUUAGAUGUACCUCUAGUACUGUUUAACCAAGUUUUAGAUCAUGUUCUUCGUAUUGACAGAGUAUUUCGUCAACCACAGGGUCAUUUAUUGCUCAUAGGAGUUAGUGGAGCUGGCAAAACUACUCUGUCGAGAUUCGUAUCGUGGAUAAAUGGAUUAAGCGUAUUCCAGGUUAAAGUGCAUAAUAAAUACACGGCAGAAGAUUUCGAUGAUGAUUUAAGAAAUGUUCUACGCCGAGCUGGUUGUAAAGGUGAGAAGAUUACAUUUAUAAUGGAUGAAUCAAAUGUUUUGGACUCCAGUUUCCUUGAACGUAUUAAUACACUUUUGGCAAAUGGAGAAGUUCCUGGUCUUUUUGAAGGAGAUGAAUUCUCUGCUUUAAUGACUCAAUGUAAAGAAGGAGCUGUACGCGAAGGACUCAUGAUUGACAGUCACGAAGAGCUAUAUAAAUGGUUUACAUCUCAAAUAUGCACUAAUUUACAUGUUGUUUUCACAAUGAAUCCAUCAGCUGAUGGUCUCAAAGAUCGUGCUUCUACAUCUCCUGCUCUGUUUAAUCGUUGUGUUCUCAAUUGGUUCGGUGAUUGGUCUUUAGAAGCUUAUUAUCAGGUUGGCAAAGAAUUCACUAUUAAAAUGGAUAUGGAACGUCCGGAAUAUAAAGUUCCUGAUAUCAUACCAUCUGUUGUUGAAGGACUACUUCCUGAAUCUCCUUCAUUUCGUGAAAUGGUUUCAAAUGCUUUUGUUUUUGUCCAUCAAACAUUGCAUGAAGCUAAUCUUCGUCUACAAAAACGAGGUGCUCGUACUAUGUGGAUUACACCAAGACAUUUCCUUGAUUUUAUUGCACAUUUUGUUAGUCUAAUGCAUGAAAAACGAUCAGAUUUGGAAGAACAACAGCUACAUUUACAUAUUGGAUUGCAAAAAAUCAAAGAAACUGUUGAACAGGUUGAAGUUAUGCAAAAAUCAUUAACACAAAAAAGUUUAGAAUUAGAACAAAUGAAUAAUGCAGCAAAUGAUAAAUUAAAACAAAUGGUUCAAGAUCAACAAGAAGCUGAGAAAAAGAAGACUAUGAGUCAACGACUACAAGAAGAAUUAGCUAAUCAAGAAUUAUACAUAAACGAGAAACGUACUUUAGUUAUGAAUGAACUUAGUCAAGUUGAACCGGCUGUUGCAGAAGCUAAACAAGCUGUCGAGGGAAUACGCAAAAGAGAUAUUCAAGAGAUAAGAGCUAUGAAAAAUCCUCCUUCCGUUGUCAAAAUGGCAGUGGAAUCUAUUUGCUUAUUGCUGGGCGAAGCAUCCACUGAUUGGAAUCAAAUUUUGAAAAUUCUUGUGAAAGAUUCAUUCGUUCCCAGCAUUAUCAAUUUUAAUACUGAUGAUGUAACUGAUAGCAUCAGAGAAACAAUGAAAAAGAAGUAUAUCAGCAAUCCUGAUUAUAACUUUGAAAAAGUUAACAGAGCCAGUAGCGCUUGUGGACCAAUGGUGAAAUGGGCUAUAGCUCAGAUAAACUAUGCAGAUAUACUGAAGAAAGUUGAACCACUUCGAAAUGAGUUGAAAACAUUAGAAGCUGCUGCAACUACAAAUAAAGAAGAGGCGAAAAAUAACGAAGUCACAAUUGCAGCCUUAGAAAAAAGCAUUGCUAAGUACAAAGAAGAAUACGCAGUCCUAAUUAGUCAAGCUCAAGCUAUUAAAUCAGAUUUAGCUACUGUAGAAGCAAAGGUUGCACGUUCCGUUGCAUUGAUUAAAUCAUUGAGUAAUGAACGAGCUCGUUGGGAAAGUAGUUCUGAAACCUUCAAAUCUCAAAUGUCCACCAUAUUUGGUGAUUGUUUACUUUCUGCAGCAUUUAUGGCUUAUGCUGGUUAUUUCGAUCAACACUUCCGUUCACGCUUGUUUGCCACAUGGUGUCAACAUUUACAGUCUGUGGGUAUACAUUUCCGUAAUGAUCUGGCUUUAGUAGAGUACCUAUCAAAUCCAGAUGAACGACUUAGAUGGCAAGCCAAUGCUCUCCCUGAUGACGAAUUAUGCGUUGAGAAUGCUAUAGUACUACGACGGUUCAAUAGAUAUCCACUAAUAAUUGAUCCCAGUGGUCAGGCGACUGAGUUUUUGUUAAAUGAAUAUAAAUCUAAAAAGAUUAUGAAAACAUCCUUCCUUGAUGAUGCUUUCCGUAAAACUUUGGAAUCAGCGUUAAGAUUCGGUACACCUCUUCUCGUUCAAGAUGUGGAAUCGUACGACUCUAUUUUAAAUCCGGUGCUCAAUCGAGAAGUUCGUAGAACAGGUGGCCGGACCCUGAUUACUAUUGGAGAUCAAGACAUAGAUCUGUCACCAACGUUCCGUAUUUUCUUGUCUACACGAGACCCCUAUGUCGAUUUCCCUGCUGAUGUUUGCUCUCGUGUAACCUUCGUAAAUUUCACUGUCACACGUGGAAGUUUACAAAGUCAGUGUCUUAAUGCAGCGCUUAAAGCUGAGCGCCCAGAUGUAGAUGCAAAAAGAUCAGACUUAUUAAAAAUGCAAGGAGAAUUCCAACUUAAAUUACGUCAUCUUGAAAAAGAUCUAUUACAAUCGUUGAAUGAAGCUAAGGGUAAUUUAUUAGAUGAUGACAAAAUUAUUACACAUUUGGAGACACUUAAACAAGAAGCUGGUGAAGUAGCUAAAAAAGUUGAAGAAACCGAUGUGAUUAUGAAAGAAGUUGAAUCUGUAUCACAUCAAUAUGUAGCUCUUGCACAAUCAUGUUCAAGUAUUUAUUUCACUCUACAAGCAAUGAAUCAAGUACAUUUUCUUUAUCAAUACUCAUUACAAUUCCUCUUGGAUAUAUUCAAUUGUGUGUUAACUCAAAAUGUUCGAUUGAAAGAUGUCAAAGAUUUUGUUCAACGUUUACAAAUUAUAACCAAAGAUUUAUUCCAAGUGACUUACAACCGGGUUGCGAGAGGAAUGUUGUACAAAGAUCAAAUUACCUUAUCUGUCUUAUUGGCUCGUAUAUUCAUUAAAGGACAAGUCAGUGGUAUACCUAAUGUUCAACAAAAUGGACUAGAAACUGAAUUCACUUGUUUCCUUCAUGGACAAGAAACACUUAAGAAAGGUGGCGAUGAUUCAACUAGUGAUACUGAUACUACUUCAUAUCUGAUGAACAAAGGUCAAUGCUUGAAAGCAAAGCUUACUGCUUUUAAAAAUCUAGAUAAGUUAAUUUCUCAAAAAAGUGAUCUGUGCAAAUCUUGGUUGGAAAGUGUUUCACCAGAAGCAGAUGUUCCUGAAUUGUGGGAAGCACCCAACUCACCAAAUGAUUGGUUUGGAGUUGUACGUAACCAACUGUACAGUCUUCUUCUUAUUCAAGCUUUCCGUCCUGAUCGAAUUCUUGCUGCUGCCCAUCUUUUUGUCAUCACAUGUUUUGGACAAAACUUUAUGGAGUCAGCCCGCGGUCAUUUAGAAUUAAUGUCAAUUGUAGAGCAUGAAAUCCGGGCGAAUAUACCAGUCUUGCUGUGUGCUGCACAAGGUUUUGAUCCAAGUGGUCGAGUGGAAGACCUGGCAAAUGAACACGGCAAACAACUAACAAGUAUAGCUAUUGGUUCUUCUGAAGGCUUUUCACAAGCUGACAAAGCAAUCAAUUCUGCUGCAAAAAGUGGUAAAUGGGUUAUGUUGAAAAAUGUUCAUUUGGCUUCUGGUUGGUUGAUACAAAUGGAGAAGAAGCUUCAUAGUGUACAGCCUCAUCCAAACUUCCGACUAUUCCUUACAAUGGAAAUAAAUCCCAAACUACCUGUAAAUGUAUUACGUUCUGGUCGUGUUUUAGUGUUUGAACCACCGCCUGGUAUUAAGGCAAGUCUUUUACGAACAUUUGCCAAUGUUCCUGCUAAUCGAAUUUCUCGUGCACCUGCUGAAAGAGCUCGCCUUUAUUUCUUACUCGCUUGGUUCAAUGCUGUAGUACAAGAACGAUUGCGUUAUGUUCCUUUAGGUUGGUCCAAGCGAUACGAAUUCAAUGAAUCUGAUCUUAAAGUUGCCUGUGAUACCAUUGAUACUUGGGUUGAUAUGGCAGCACUGGGACGUUCUAAUUUACCACCUGAUAAAGUACCUUGGGCCGCAUUACGCACAUUAUUAGGACAAUGUAUUUAUGGUGGUAAGAUUGAUAAUCUCUUCGAUCAACGUUUGCUGGAAACUUUCCUCAGUGUUUUGUUUACAGAAUCUAGCUUUGAACAUGAUUUCCCUCUUGUUCGAAAUGUCGAUGGACAAGUAGGCAAAAAUAUCGUGACACCAGAUGGCAGUUCACGUGAUGAACUCUUAUCAUGGAUUUCAAAGUUGCCUGAUGUUCAAACUCCUUCUUGGCUUGGUUUACCGAACAAUGCAGAGAAAGUGCUUCUGACUAAUCUAGGAAGUGAAAUGAUCAGUAAUCUUCUAAAACUGCAAGAAGCUAUCAGUGAUGAUGAUACAAUUGUUGUUAGCACUGGAUUAGAUCGUAAGAAGUCAGUAGUGGACACGGAUACUCGACCUUUAUGGAUGCGUCAACUUUUAUCUAGUGCUACAACUUGGCUUUCACUUCUACCGGAUACCUUGAAACCAUUGAUUCGUACACCUGAAAAUUUACGCGAUCCACUUUAUCGAUUUUUCGAAAGGGAAGUUAAUACUGGUUGUAGUCUUUUGACAACAGUUCGUGGAGAUCUUAGUGUUGUGAUUGCUGUGUGUUCUGGUGAACGAAAACCAACAAAUCAUCAUCGUCUUCUGAUGUCCGACCUAACAAAAGGAAUUAUUCCAAAAGGUUGGCGACGUUACACUUUCCCUGAAGGUUUGACUGUCAUACAGUGGAUAAAUGACCUUGUUUCUCGUUUGAGACAAUUAUUAUUAGUGACUGAAACAUCUUCGAAUGGAGUCGCUGGUUUGAGAGAUAUUCAGGUUUGGUUAGGCGGACUUUUUAUGCCUGAAGCUUAUGUUACAGCUACUAGACAAUUUGUAGCUCAAUCCAACGGUUGGGCUCUUGAAGAAUUAUACUUAGAUGUUGAACUUGUAGUGAUGGAAAAAGGUAAGAAACCUUCUCAACUCCCUUCAUCAAAUUCUGGAGCGUUUGUUGUUCGAGAUUUAUGGUUAAUGGGUGCAGAACCGUUGAAUGCAACUACAAUUCAGUUAUCAAGUUCCAUUUCAGUUGAACUCCCAGUGACAGUAUUAAAGUGGAUCAGAUUAUCUAAUAAUGAACGAGUUGAACGUUUCUUAGAGAAAGAAGGUAAUGUACGAUUACCAGUUUAUAUGAAUGGUUCACGUAAUGUUGUAUUAUUCACUUUACAAUUAAUGUCAUCUGAAUCAUCUAAUCGUUUCUACGAACGUGGUGUUGCUUUUCUUGCAUCGUCUCUUGCUUGAAUUGUAUGUAUAAUCUCAUGGUUAAGAAUCGAUGAAACGUGGAAAAAAAAGCUUGACAUACAGACAGUGAUUUAAACAUUAUUUCCUUACUAUUAUUAUUGGCGUUUAUUACCGUUACAAAUAGAAGAUGAAAAGAAAAUCUACUUUGUUUUCACAUUAUUUUGCGCCAAUGUAUUCAAUUAUACAAAGAUAUUAGAUCAUUUGAUGACAUGAUCAGAUUGUUUUAUGCGCUGGUGAAUUAUUCUACUAUUAUUUUUUAAAAUAUUGUUUUAACGAGUUACUAUUCCUUUCAAGUUCUUUCUCUUUCUCUGAUUGUCCGAUGAUCUGACUUUUUAACAUAUCCAUCAAUGGUUUACCGGUCACUAUUAAUAAAUUACUACACUAGAGUGUUUUUUUCCAUUUGAAUUGCAAUGUGUGUGUUUAUUUAUCAAAAAUGGGGUUUAGUGUGAUCACUUUCUCGUUUUUUUCUGUCUUGUCUAGUUUAUAACAAUAAUUCCUCCUCCUCCUCCUUCUCCUUCUGUUUUUAUUUUUAUUUUGUAUGACUUACAAAAGGACAGUUACAACAUAUAUAUGCAUCAUUUUGUUUUUAGGCGUUGUUUAUUAUGAUGGUUAUUCUCAUUAUUGUUAUUAUCAGUUACUUGUUUAACCUGCUACUUGUUGCUCUUUUGGUGGUCAGGUUGUUUGCUGUCUUGUACUUAAUUUUUCGGAUCUCCAUUUUAUAUAUACAUAUACAUAUAUAUACAAAUACAUAACAUCUAUUCUUGUCUAUUUAAAAUGUUUCGUUUUAUCAAGGUUAAUUUCAAUAAUUUUUCGUUGUAAGUGAUGUAUGCCUGAUUUUGUUCUUGGGAUCACUUGCUAACUUCGUAUCCAAGACAAUCCUGUCAUACUUAACUCUUUCAUUUAACGAUAAUAUUUUAAUUGGAACUGCAUUGUUAAGUACUUCGUAUUGAUUGUUAGACGUCAGUGUGUGUGAUGUUUCAGGUUUCUGUAUGUCAUUGGAAUAUCUUAACACGUAAACACAUUUUAGAAGAUGCAUCAACUUCCCAGGGGAUUCAUGUACGCUUCACUAUUGGUUGUACGCUUAUAGUAGAAGAAACAGAUUUUACAUAGAACAAUGUUUGCAGUCAGUGUUCCUAUUUCUU